AUGCCUGUCUUCAUUGGCCGUUCAUGGCAACGCGGACAUGGGGCGCAGAUAGGAUUUGGAAUCGGCGGCCUGUUUCGUAGCGUUGCAAGAGCUGUCAUGCCCAUGGUUAAAAGUGGUGCAAAGACAUUAGGAAACAUUGCACUAAACACUGGGGCAAAUUUUGUCGGAGAUGUUCUUUCUGGUAAAAAUGUAAAAGAAUCUGCAAAAGCUCGAGUGAAAGAAGCAGCGAAUACUGUGAGAAGGAAAGCUGCAAAUAAGAUUCAGUCAUUAAGCCAGACAGGAAAUGGGAAACGUGUGAAGAGAACAUCUAAAAAGAGAAAGGCAACGGCUCCUUCUGCCAGAAGCAAACAAGCCAAGAAACGGAAAACAACUCACGUUAAAGACAUAUUCGGAUAAUUAUGAAUUUCGUACAUCCCCGGUCUCAAGAGUGCCUGAAAGAUGAACUUAAUAUAUUUGCUAUCCCCCAGACACAAGUUAGUCUAGAAAAAGCCCAUUGGAUAGACCAUCAACCUGUGUCCAGCGUAUCAGAGGGAGGACCAAUCACGUUCAUAUCUCCAGGUACUGAGGAUUAUGUCGAUUUAUCUAAGACGAUUCUUGUGGUAAGAGCGAAAGUAACAAAGGCAGAUGGUACGAAUCUUGAUGCAGAUGAGAAGGUUGGAGUUGUGAACAAUUUCCUGCAUAGUAUGUUUAAACAAGUCGACGUCUUUCUGAAGGAAAAACAAGUCACGCAGGCCAUGGGUACUUACGCUUACCGGUCAUAUUUGGAGACCCUCCUCAACUAUGGUCCGUCAGCGAAGCAAUCUCAACUCACCUCAGCAUUGUUUUACAAGGAUACUGCUGGUAAAAUGGAUAUAGCGGAUCCCACUACGGUAGUUGCCAAUGCUAACCUUGGUCUUAAGACAAGAUAUGGAUUCAGCAAAACGAGUGGAACUAUCGAGAUGGCAGGACCUAUAUUCAGCGACGUGUUUAUGUCUGAACGUCUCCUGCUAAGCUUUGUAGAUCUGAAAGUUAUCCUGAAUCGAAGCAGCCACGAAUUUUGUUUGAUGGCUUCUGAGGACGAUGCUGAUUAUCGAGUAAAGCUGAUCGAUGCCUAUCUCAAAAUACGUAAGGUGAAAGUAAAUCCAAGCAUUUCUAUGGCUCAUGAAAUCGCCUUGAAAAAAGGACCGGCAAUUUAUCCUAUUCGACGAGUGGAGUGCAAGAGUUUCAUUAUCCCUGCGGGAAAUCCUUCCCUUAGAAAAGAUAAUCUCUUCAAUGGACUUGUACCGAAAUCAUUUGUUUGUGGAUUGGUUGAAAGUACAGCUUUUAAUGGUGCGUACAAGAAGAAUCCGUUCAACUUCAAACAUUUUAACAUGUCGUAUAUUGGUACGUCCGUCAAUGGAGAGGAAGUACCUUUCAAACCCAUGCAGCUUUCCUUUGGUGCAAACCCUAGAUAUAUUGAAGCAUACAACACGCUGUUCUCAGGUACGGGAAAAAUGUACUACAAUACAGGGAACGAUCUUACACGUGAUGAUUUUAUUGGAGGAAACACGAUUUUCGCGUUUGACCUGACUCCCGACAUGUGUGGUUCUUCAUCUCAUUUUAAUGCUGUUCAAAGAGGAAAUUUUGCAGUUGACAUCAAGUUCUCUGCCGCACCAACAGUUGCUGUUAGUCUUAUCUGUUACGGGGAAUUUGAAAACCUGAUUCAAAUCGAUUCUGAAAGAAACGUCAUUUACGACUACUCUGGUUAGAUGAACACUGUUCAGAUAACUCGUGCGUUACGACAUGAUCCUAUCACAAGCAAGAAGUUUUGCGGUGUGUUUCCAAGUGAUAAAUUACCUCAAGCGAUUGAGAAAUAUCCAUGUGGUUUUGUCGCAAAUACAGACCCAAGCAGCGAGCCUGGCAUACACUGGGUGUCGUUUUACUUUCCAACGGAAAAGAAAGGAGAAUUUUUUGACAGUUAUGGACAUCCGCCAGAAUUCUACAGGGAUUCAUUUGGAGAUUUUUUAGAGAAAUACUCUUAUGAAUAUAAUACUCGUAAACUGCAAAGUGCCUGGUCAGAUGUAUGUGGACAAUACUGUAUGUUUUAUUUAAGUCAUAG